UUUUGUGUCUAUUUCCUGUAUUAUUAACCGGUUGAGGUUUUGGUUUCUUUCAAGAUAUAGCACCCCUAGUGAAGCGUGGCAGAAAAAGAACGUUAAAAAUGGCAGCCAACCCUUUGGAAAUUCAACCAAACCUAAAAGCACAAGAGAUGGCUCUCACUCUAGAACCACCGAAACACACGGCUGAAAUGAAAUCACCCACACGAGUAAUUGGAGGACCAGCAACUGCCAGAAAAGGACCGCCAAAGUUCAAACAAAGGCAAACAAGACAGUUUAAGAGCAAGCCGCCAAAGAAAGGAAUACAAGGGUUUGGUGAUGACAUUCCUGGAAUGGAAGGUUUAGGCACAGACAUCACUGUCAUUUGCCCCUGGGAGGCCUUCAGUCAUCUGGAACUACACGAACUGGCACAAUAUGGUAUCAUCUGAAAACGCAACUGCCCCAUGUGCACUGCUACUCUGAUCACCGGUGGAGCCCCAGAAAGCUCUCAGCCCUUCCUUCCCUCUUCAAUUCACCAGUGGCUUCAGAAUCAAAAGUGAGGCCAAGCCUCAAGAUUGCGGAUUGGACUGUAAAUAAAAACCAUAAUAGUACAAUAAAGGUCUUAUUUAAAUUCACAUUACGUUUCACUGCUUUAACACGCAAAAUAAAAAGCAACUUUCUUGAAUGUACACGUCAAUGUUAUUGGCUCCCAUCUACAACAAUGUUGAGACUGACCUUCUGUGAUACAGUCCAAAUGUGUGUGCAGUGAGCUCUUUACAUCUAUGGGCAUAUUGGAUAUGUACUAUUAUGGGGUUUUUUCCAAAAUGCAUUUCCAUCAAAAACAUUAUAUGAACUCAUUCUGAUCAUUGUUGAUUCUUUAAGCAUUGAACAUUGUAGGAGGACUAUGUUGUCUGUGAUACUGCGAAUGUGCAAGUUUGAAUUAAAAAAGAUCAAUUUUUCCUUAA